UUGUUGCAUGAGAGAAAUCGUGGUGUGACUGCGUAUUCGUCAUCUUCUUGGGAAUGAGAGUCGUUUAUAACUUGUUCUCUUCCUUCUUCUUCUUUCUCUAAUUCUCUUCUAAGGUUAUAAGUGUAACAGUCAUCACCCACUACUCAUUACUUCACUCGUGUUUCUUCUUAAACACACACUCUUCACUCUUCUCUCUUCUCUUUCUUCAUCACCAUCCAUGGCUCCCCCAUCACUCUCUCAAUCUGAAAAAACUGAACAACAACUGCCACCUCAUCACCACCACCUCCAAGACCUCCUCAAUGUCGCCCGCCCUUUCCUUCGCCGGGAGCUACACUCUGUUGACAACAACCUCCCGUCGUUGUUUGACCUACUCUGCUCUGUCGGCGCCGGCGAGUGCUGGCACAAGCAUGGCAGCUUCCUCGACCACCUCACCGACGUCUACCGCAUCCUCAAGCUCUGGAAGGCACCGGACUCCGUCUGCCUCUGCGGCCUCUUCCACUCAGCAUACUCCAACUCCUACGUCAACCUCGCCAUCUUCGACCCUUCCACCGGCCGCGACGUCGUUCGCGGCCACGUCGGCGACGAAGCCGAGCGCCUCAUCCAUCUCUUCUGCAUCGUUCCAAGGCAGCCGCUCAUCCACGACGACCUCCUCUUUCGUUACUCCGACGAAGAACUCGUCGACCACCUCCGCGAAUCAGAGAUCUCACUCAACAACGCCAAGGAGAAAGGAAUAUUCAACGGAGAAGAACACUGGAGGAAGAAGGUGCAGGGAAUCGUUCCGGCGGAGGGAGUUAUCGUGAAGCAUAUCCGUACGGGGGAGGACGUUAGGGUUUCGAGGAGAGCGGUAGCGAUUUUCCUGAUGUUAACAAUGGCGGACUUCUGCGACCAGUGGUUCGGUUUCCAGGACACGCUUUUCGAGAACGACGACGGCCGCCUCGAGUUUUCCGGGAACAAUUGCGAGGCUCUAUGGCCCGGAGACGGAAAGCCCGGGCUUUGGUUCAGCUCGAUUUCGAGAAUGGGCGCGGUUUAUAACCUAAUUUGGAGGGAGGAAGAAAUUUUUGUGUUGGAAAAUAAAAAAAGUAAAACUGAUUAUGAUUUUCAUUUUGAUAGGGACGAGCACAUUGAGCUGGUUGUGCCGCCGGUUUUCGAUAACUGCACGAAGGUUGUGGCGGCGGAGGAUGGGAUAGCGGCGAGGGAGUUGUACUGGGAUGCCGUGUGCGGCAAGAAAGAGGGUUUGGAGAGGAAGAAGGAGUUGUUGUUGGGGUCUAUAGAGAAGAAUCCGUUUGCAGGUGAGCCGUACGUGGUGCUGAGUCAGGUGUACCUGACCGAGGGGAGGUUCGAGGAGGCGGAGAAGGCGGCGGAGACAGGGCUGAAAUUGUUGCUGGAGUGGGGGUGCCCUUGGGAUAAGAGGACUUCAUGGGAAGGUUGGGUUGCUUGGGUUAGGGUCUUGCUUUUGAAGGCUAUGGAGAAAUCUUGGCCUAACACGGGCUUCGGUAUUCUCAACUUGGGCCUUGUAAAGUAAAAUGUAUCCAUGGCCAUUCGUAUAAGGGAUUUUUUAUUUAUAUAAAUUAAAUAAUUUUAUUAA